CAUUUUAGAGAAUUGUAACCCACCAGGCAAGAAGCUGUUUCGAUCUUCCAAGUUCCAAUGCAAACUAGUCAAAACUGAUGAAUAAUUGUGUUUGUCGUACAAUCUCUUGUGGACUUGGCCAGGUAAUUAAAACUAUGCAUUUCAAUAACAUUUUUCAUAUAUAAAAGAUUCGUUUAUUUUCAAUCCACUUACUUUUUUUUUUAUUGGUGUGUGACAUACAAUUUUCUUAUAAUUUUCAAUUUAGUUUUUCAACGGUUUCAAUCUUUAACGGUAUCAUUACUAAAUAAGAAAAUGUGUAACUUCGUGAAAAGAACAUUUACGAUCUACUUAUCUCGAAUUUGUCUGACAUACCUCCGUAGAUUCAUUAGUGACGUUCAUAUAAAUAUGAGUAACUUUUUGGAUAAAUGUGCAAGGAUUUGUUAUAAUUCUAUGCCAUAAUGUUAUAUUACACAUAUUGAUGAUUAAAACUUAAUAUUUGGUCAUUAAAAAUAUAUUUUUAAGUUGUGGCAUAAUAUAACUCAUCUAUGUGAGAACCCAUAAAAAUAUAUCAUCCAAUUUCUCACAAGUAGUUAAGCUUAUUCAGCUCAUUGUUAAGCAAAACAUAAUAAGGUGAUAUAUAUAUACUAGCAUGCAUUUCAAAUCAAUUUUAAAUCGUAUAGAGAUUGAAAUCUCAUAUUCUUUUCACAUUUGAAAUCUCAAUUUGAAAUCAUAUUUGAUACAUAUUAUAUUGUGUGUAUGAUAAAUCAGAGAUUUCAUAAAAGAAAAGGUUUUGAGCAAUUUAUAUUAUUAUUGUUUGUUACAAACAAUUAACGACAAGUUUGUAAAAUUGGAACAAAUGAUUUUCUAAUAAAAAAAUUAUUUAGAAACCAUUAUAAUAUGCAUUCACAAAUAUAAGGUACACAAUAAACGUGUCUACACAAUACAUAAAUAAAAGUAAAAUCUCAUCGAGAAAAAUAACUUUAUGAUUCUAAAUUAUCUUUCCAUUUGUUUGGGUGUGCUUAUAAGAAAAGUGUGAAUUUGUUAACAUUUAUUACAUUCUAUAACUGUGAAGAUACAGAUGAAAUGAUUGUUAUCCUUUAGGAAAAUGGAAAAAAGGCAAAUUUUUUAAUAAAAAGUAAAUAAGAAAAAAAUAAUAAUAAGAAACGUUUAUCAACAUUUCAAAUUUCAAAUAAAGAGAAGGAAUUUUUGUUAACUUUUAUGAAAAAUAGGAAAGUCCAUUAAUAUUGACACUCGGAAUACAUGCACCCUACUCAAUUAAAAAAAAAAAUCCGUUAUAAAUUAAUUAGUCAUUGGACAAUCCUCAUGCUAUAAAAGAAGCUGUUGUUGUAUUGCAGAUCACACAACCAGUUGUUACGGACUACGGAGAGCAAAACCAAAACUAGUUUAAUUAAACCAUUUGUUACGAGGCUACAUGGCUCCAGUUCCCGCUCUCUCUGCUGAAAAAAAUUGCAGCAGCAGCAAGAAGCAUAAGGUUGUGGUGAUACUGGGAUCAACCGGCACCGGAAAGACAAAACUGUCCAUUGAUUUAGCCAUUCGUUUCUCCGGCGAGAUCAUCAACUCCGACAAAAUCCACGCCCAAAAUGGCCUCGACAUCGCUAGCAACCGAGUCACCAAGGCGGAGGCCAAGGGCAUACCGCAUCACAUCCUCGAAGUCGUCGGUUCCGACGCCGACUUCACAAUCCAAGACUUCGUCACCCGGGUCCAUGAUGCCAUCGACCACAUCACCUCCAAACCUGCUGGAGGGUGUACUCUCCCCAUCAUUGUUGGUUGCUCCAACUCCUACAUCGAAGCCCUAGUAGAGGGCCACUACUCCGACUACUUCAAGUCUCGAAUCGACCCUUGCUUCCUGUGGAUCGACAUCGAUGUCCCCGUUCUGUAUCGUGUCGUCGAGGCCAGGGUGGAUCGGAUGAUCGCGUCUGGCCUCCUCGACGAGGUCAGGGACGCCCUUGUCGAGGGUCGUCCCAGAGACGUGACCAAAGGGGUCUGGAGGACGAUAGGGUUUGAAGAGUUUCAGACGUACUUUAAAGCAGUCGAGAUGAAUCACGACGAGGUGACAAGAAAGGAGCUAUUCGAUGUCGCCACGAAAUCGAUGAAGGAGAGAACUUGCAAGCUGGUGGAUAGGCAAUUGGGCAAGAUCCAACGAUUGAGGGAUGUAAAUGGAUGGGAUAUACACCGGAUCGAUGCCACGAAGGUGGCGGUGGCUAUGGAGAACAAUAAUGGCACGGAGCUGGCUGACUCGUCGUGGGAGGAAGUGGUACUGAAGCCAAGUUAUCAAAUUGUUAGCAAGUUUUUGGAUGGCGGAAAUUAAAGCAGGAGGAGGGAGAGGCUGUGGUGUUGCCAUAUUUACUGUGACUGGAGUUGGGAAGUUUGAUUACCUAAUUAUGAUAGAAGAGUUAUUAUGAGAAACUAUGGAUUUUCAUAAAAAAAUAAGAGGAGGCGAGUAAAUGUGCUGGCUUUCAAUUGUUUUUUUUUAUAAUGUUGGAUGUUGAAGUUGAAAAGCAACAAAAUAUGUAAGAGGUAUUAGGUUUCGAAAGUGUCUUGGAUGUGAUCUUUUUUUUAGUUUUAAUUUUAAGUUGUUUGAAUGUGUGAUUUUCGUAAUGGAUAGGUGAGUUGUGACUUUCUUUUUAAUGCUGGAUUGCAUUAAUACAUGUCGUAUCACUUACUUUUAUCUAUAAAAAAAAUGUUUUUAUGAAAGUAUACGAGCUUUUAUUCACUAAACAGUUGUGAUCAUGGUUGUCAUGCCGGUGCCAUGCCACCCGGUUGAACCUGGUUUAACUUGUGCCGGUCAUGAAACCAGCAUGACACCACCGGUAUGAUCGGCUUACGCAUUCUAAGUAAAAUGACAUCAUUUUAAUGAAUUUAAUGAAUAAAAAUAAUAAUUUAUUAUUCAUUUUAUGAAUGUAAUAGUUAAAAGUUGAUGAUAUUUGUUGGAUUGUAACUAAAUUGUCCACAAAUAUGUUUUAUAUAUGAUUAAAUACAUUGGAUAUUAAUUGUUUUCACAUUUUUUUAGACCGGCAUGAACCGGCACAAACUGGUUAUACCACCGGUCAUACCAUUCCACUUGCCAAACCGGCACAACUGUAUAAACCGGUUUGACAACCUUGGUUGUGAUACAAAUACUAAUCAUCUAUAACAUGUAUCCACUCAUUUAGGAGCAAUCCAUCUACAGUUGAUCCCUUUGCAACAUUCGCGUUUUGGUGGCUUAAUCACCCGACCCAUACACUACGUUUUUGAAAAAAUCAAAUCCAAAACCACUCAAAAAAUUUAGAACCCUACAGUUUGUUUAUAGUUGGGUUGGGUCGGGUUGGAGAUACUUUUAACUAAAAACCCAACCCAAUACAAAAAAAACUAUUCUACACCACAAAAUAUUAUAUGAAUAAUUAAAUUUUUAAACAAAUGUAUUAAAAUGAAAGGUAUCAAAAUGC